UCUGAAACGGUAAGGCGCAAUGAUCGUACCGGAGGCGCCACGGGCCACGAUCAUAUCCGUCGCCGUCCAACGCGCGGGUCGGUGGCAGCAGUACCUAGCCGCGCUGAGUGCCGUGUACCUCGUUGCUUCGAUGGGCAUCGGGUACUACUACUUGCAUCUCGUCCGGCCGAGCCUGGCGAGCGAUCUGUGGUGGCGCGGCUUCACGACGGCGGGGGCGCAAACGUUCCUUGGCGACUUGUACCACCGGCGCCUGCAGCUCAGCACAUCGGCGCCGCUGUCGCUGGCCUCUCCUGAGCUCGUCUUGGAGAAGGCGUACUCGGGCGCGACCUUUAUGGACAUGAGUCUCUCGCUCUCGCGCCACGUGCUCUUGCGCAAUCUCUCGCUCGAGAGCAUUUUGCCACCGAUGCGCCGAUCGUCGUUUGACUGGAACAUUCGCAUGUUCACGCAGUACUGCUGGGUCGACUGGAACCAAUCGUACGAGCUCUCGGUGACAGCGGCGCGUCAGCGUCGGUGCUAUCUGAAACAAGCUGCGAAUGCCGCCGUCUACUGGGAACCGCUUCUACGUAACUCGGUCACCCAAGAUAUUGUCCUCAGCCCCUACUCGCUCGCGAUGAAUAUCUCCCUCUUUGAGCACAUUGACGCGACGUCGCUUGGCCACGACUGGCUCAUGUCUCUCAUGUUCCACGAGUGGCUGCCGGAAGCAGACGAAGUGGAGCUUUGGAGGCGCCGCGGCAUGAGCUACUGGCAGACGCAGCUGACCAACUACUACGAGCAAGGCCUGCAACAGACAAUUGUUGUCGAGAAUGCGCUCGGUAUUCACCAAAAUGUGACGGUUCAUCUCAUGGCGCAGAGCUAUCGCGGCCUCGCGCUUUGGACGCUCGCGAACGCGUACCCUGGUGUAUGGAACGACCUUUUCGAGUGCCAAGCUCUGCGCUGCAGUCUCAUUCGCGGCGCCAACAGCUACUCGGACAAAAUCAAGCAGAAUUGGGAGGUAAUGCUGCUCGCGAUCCCUGUCAACGACACACUGCCAAGACUCAUCGAUGCCAACAUCGGUCCCAUGGCCAGCAUUGACGUGCGCAUCGUGCUCUUACCCCCGGCGCUGCAAGCUUACUAUAUUCAAUACCAGCGCUCGGUCGUCGCGCAGCUUUUGCUGUCGCCUGCCAUUGCAGCCCGCUACAUGCAAGUGCCGUCGUUGGUGGCAGCGAUAUCCCCUCCGGCGUGGCGUGGAGCCAACAUGAGUUACUUUGGGGGCAACCCCAUGUGCCUCAACGCCAAGCCCCAGCCGUUCGUCCAAGAUCAGUUUGGUUUCUACGAUGCGUGCGACGCCCAAGCGCCGGCGACUCUGAUGGGCACGCGUCCCAGCCUCUUUUUUUCGCUCGUGACGCUCGCCGUCACUGACGAAAGUGCUAUCGUACGUCGCCUCGACGCCAUCUGCAACUGUUGUGCUCAAGUCGGCGGAUAUCACACAUGUCUGGCGACGCUCAAGCCACUUGCUGCGGUGGUUGCCGCCUUGGAUCUCUCAUCCCUCGCGACCUUCGCUGGGAAUCUGGCUCUGGCAAUGACGCAGCUGAAUCUUAGCAUGAUUCAGCUAGGGAUGAAUGGAACGUCGCCCGUCUUCUUGACGCAGCCCGCGAUCGCGCAGGAAGACCCGUGGUCCUUCUGUGGCUGGGCAAUGGUUUACGACUGGCUGCAAGGUACGCGGGAGGCCGUCGAGUUUGAUACCGACGCGGGUGUGUACCGCAUCUUGACAGCAUAUACAGCGCCGAGCCAACUGCCCGCAAGCCCCCUCGAGCUCCCAAAUCAAGUGUGCGCGUAUGUCUGGCUCAUCCUUCUCUACUCGAGUUUGCUCACGGGUGCUGUCGCCACCCUUGUCUUGCUCGCGUCAUUGCGGUCCCCCGGUUGCCAAGUGUUUGCUUUUCAUCGCGUCGCAAGUCUCGUGUGGGUCGGGCGACCCUUUCUUAUGCUCCGGGGCACGACGGCUCUCGUGAUUCUCAGCACUUCGCCGAUGCAGUUUGCAUCGACUGACAGCUUUACGCGCUUCACCUUUGUGCCCCGCACCCCAUGGGACGUCAUGGUGCUCUCGGGCGAGGCGACGUGGAUAACGUACGUGCUCGUGGACCUCGCCUUGCCUGGCGCCGAGUCGCACGCCAAGCUGGCUGCGCCACUGAGCGCGCUCAUCGCGUGGCUCACGACGCUGCUCAUCGAGGUAGCCGCACCGUACGAAGCGACGGCAACCUUUGAGCAAUCGUGUGAGAUCGUCCAACUGGGCCUCGCAGCGUCGUGCACGGGGGGCGUCGUGCGCAUCGGCAGUCGGGAGCGCCUCGGCGUGUUGCUCCUCGUGCACGUUAGCAGCGUCGUCGUUUCGUUUCUGGUAGUGAUGGCACGGCAGAGACGAGGUUCAAUCACCGACGUGCGGGGCAGCGACCUCUUGCCGGCGUCGGCGCAAGUUUUCUUGGCGCGCCAUGCGACGUGGCACACGCGGCCAACGACCGUGAUCAUGGCCGGAAUGUUUCCCCUUGGCGGUCGCAUGUUUGUCGUCAACCUCUGGCAAGUGCUCGCGGUCAACAACGCACUCCAACUGCCGUCGCAAAGCAGCUACUCGUGCAUCCGAAACUUUACUCUCUGGAAGUUUGGGCUCGUCGAGGUCGGGGGCAUUGUAUACGUCAUCACGUCGGUAGUUGCUAGCUACACGUACAUUUAUGUCUCGUCGACGGCGAUGGCCAACGACUUUUGGUGGGCGACCUUCAACGCGACCGGUCACCAGACGUUUGUGACCAACUGGUUUACGCAGCAGCUCCAGGUCCACCGGAACGGCUCGCACCUCGAUCUCACGCAGCUGAUCUACAGCGACAACUCAAAUUUAUACAACACCACAGCCACUGCGAUCUCAGAGGGUGUUGCUGCCCGUCCGUUCCUCGGUGGCGACAUCACAUGUCCGGUGCAAGGGUCGGGCGAGACCGUCCAAGUGUUUUACUCCAACGUUGGCGUCUGCGCCGGCCACAAAGAAGAUGUGCUGGUCGUCGAUGGGCUCAUGACGACGCAAGCGCUGCUCGCGCUCGGGCCCGGCGUUGAUAUUAACGCAACGUGCGCGCACGCAACAAUGCAGAGUAGCGGUACCUGCAACGCUGUCUUCCGCGCUUCCCUGCUCUUCCUCUUGACGCUCUUUUCGGCAGACGAGUGGACAUCAGUCUCGAACGCGGCCCCCACGGCGUAUCUGCAGAGCGAGCUGCCCGUAGCGAUCGCGCACUACAUCAAUGCGUCGACUAGCGACGGCGCCGGGCAUAUUGAGCUGCGCAACGAGACCGUCCUCGACCCAAGAGACCCGGGGUUCCACGCGUUUGGUUGGCUCUACCUCUUCGAAUGGCUCAGCGGGAUCCGCGAAGUCGUGGAAUUCCACAGCAUCCGUGGGUCCCUAGCCCUUCUCUCGACGCGCAACCCCGUGCACAUUGGGCCCGUCAACGCGCUCGAGAUCCCCGUCAACGUCGCCUUCUUCUUUCGCUGCGAGCUGCUCUACGUGAGCAGUGUCCUCUUGUUCGUGGCGUGUCUCGCGAUCGCGUACAUUGCAGCGACGCGCGGCUGCAUCGAGGGCUUCAACAUGUUCUCGCUGAACCGCGUCACGGGACUCGUCUGGCUCGGGCGGCCGCUUCUCAUGCUCCGCGGCGUCACGGCGCUCUGCCUACUCUCGACGGCCAAGCUCGACCUCGGCGAGUCCCACGGAUUCUUCUACCUUGUGUCGCUGCCACAGUCGUGGUUUACGACCAUCAUGGCGGCGGGCGAGGCCACAUGGGUUGUGUACCUCCUCAACGACGCCUUCUCGAUCUCUGGAUCGCAGCCGCCAUCUGGAGCCUCGUGUCGCCCGUCCAGCAUCGAGCGACGUUGGCGCGCACCUGCGACGUAG